CUAAGUUACAUCUAAAAGGGGAAUAAAUACUCUUUAUGGUUUUGGAGGCUCAGCUCUUCGGAGUUGCUCCUCCGCCUGAUGGUGGCGAAUCAGGAUUACCAAAACGAGGUACAUUUAUUUAAAUACAGUACGGAGUACAUACGCCCCGUUGUCGUCGCGCUAAGCAGCCCAUGGCCCCUUCGACCUUUUCAUAUUUGCAAGUUGCAUCCGAGAAGGACGUCGUUCGUUGUCUAAAUAAAUAACUAUCCAAAAUAUUGGCCACGGGGAUGCGAAUGAGUGUCCAUUAUCCUGAUUUAUCCGCCGACUUUCAGCCCCACGCCAGGGCAAACGCAAAGCAAUGACAAGUAUUAAUAUACCCCCAUUCAGCAGCCCCAGUAAAUCCAGCUACGGUGAAUCGAUAAUAUCCAAUCUCAAGAAGAGAUCCACCUUGUACGCCCUCGUGGCCUUAUCGCUCCUCAAUGUAUUCCUCCUUACGAACACCCUCUAUAGGGGCCGAAACUCGGUACAAAAGGAUUCAACCAGACCAGCGCCGAUAUAUCCUAUUCGCCUACAUGGGGAUGCGAAUGCAAAUGCAACCGAGUUCGUAAAGCCUGAGAAUAUUGUCAUUAGCGGCUUUGUGUUCUAUGGUCGUCGGGAUCGCGUCGAGGCGAUGCACUGCUACGUGGAGCGCAACUUGGUUGACAACAAGGGUUGGCUGGACGAAGUGCUAUGGGUCGUCAAUACCGAAAAUGAGGAUGAUUUAAAGUAUCUUGAUGAAAUACUGGCUAGAUCUCGACGAUACAAAAAGCUAGACCUUGGGAGAAAGGUUCGCGGUCCGGAGUUCAGACAAAUCUGGAAGCAUCUUGAACGGGGAAAGAUAUAUGUUAAAAUAGAUGACGAUGUGGUCUGGUUAGCCGACGAUACCAUUCCUCGAAUAGUUGAUCGAAAAAUAAAUCAUCCCGAUGAUUUCGCCGUGUCAGCAAACAUAAUCAACAAUCCCCCCUUGAGCUUCAUCCAUUACCAUGUUGGCGCUCUCCACCCUUACUUCCCUGAAUUGCUCGAUGGCAAACCCUCCACAAAGCCCAGCGAUAAUAAAUCAUGGAAACCUUCCGAUCAUCCGGACUGGGAAGGCCCGGAGAAGUUUGAAUGGGCCCUCGACGCAGCGCCUCCGGCUAAGGGCCAUCGAUGGUUACGUGUUAAAGAUGACAAAGCCAUCGUUCGAACACCAGUCACCCACCUCAAAUAUGAGGUAUGGGGUGAUACCUAUACAAGCUGGGCCAUCGCUGCCCAGCAACAUUAUUCGUUUUUAGAAAAUUUGGAAAAAGAUCAGCUUGACUUGUACAAGUUUAACCUUCCGUGGAACAUGGAUAAUGAGCGAAUAAGGAUCAACGUCCUUGCUAUUUGGGCCGACGAUAUACUCGACAGCGAUAUAGAUACCUGGCCAAAGGAAAGAAGUGACGAAGAAAUGGUUGUUAUGGAGCUGCCUAAGAUGUAUAGUCGGCCCGUCACUAUUGUGGGAGAAGCUCUAGCUGCCCAUUUCAACUUCCAGCACCAACCCGGAGUGGCGGAAACCGAUCUCUUGGACCGAUAUCGCAUGCUUGCCAGAGAACGCGCGUGUCCUCAGAAGUCGAAGCCGGAGUCAUAGAUCUCCACAUCAACGGUUAGAAAUGCUGACAGAACUUUGGCCGCUCACUACCACACGCGCCCAGCUGACGCGAUGCACACCACAUCUUUCAGGUUUCCCCUUUACCCAUUCUAUGACAUGCCAUGGCUGCCCCCCCCCCGUUAUCCUCCCUCCUGGUUGAUCGCCAGGUUUGCCACAGACCCGACAUCCGUCGACAGGACCGAUGCAAAAAAGGAGAAGAGAGCGAAGUGGAAACUGGUUGAAGAAUUUGAGUUUCCAACUCCAUAUUAUUCUUUACUCUUUUUGCCGGAGCGAAUUCGUAUCCCGAAUUACCUGGUCCCAGGGAUAUUGGUGCAGUUCAAAUUUUUAUGAAUUUUUAAAAUCGCCUUUUAAUUGGAAAUAGAACAUUCGGGAUUCAAAAAGAACUCGUUUUAUAUCUACUCAUUGUAAUUUAUUUCUCUGUUUUUAACUUGGCCUUUUCCAACGAUUAUAUAACUUUAGUUAGUCAACAAAUAUAUAUAUUACACGUCUAAAAUCUCUACAAAGGCCAGGGAGUAUUUACAUGGUAAUGCCC